AAGGUGAAGAAGGGGGUGAUCAUCUUGGGCACCCGGACCAGUGAGCCCCGGCAGUGGGACGUGAAGCAGGAGCUGGGCAAUGGCGGGAAGCACGCCACGACCACCGUGCUGUGCCAGCGCCUGGGGUCCGGGGCGCGCAACAGAAGCAGCAGCUUGUUCAGCGAGGUCGUGCAGAUGAACUUUGAAAUAGCCAGCUUCAGCAGCCUCUCGGGGACGCAGCCCAUCGCCUGGCAGGUGGAAUACCCGCGGAAGAGGACCACCGACACCGCCGUGUCCGAGAUCUUCAUCAGCCAGAAGGACCUGGCCGCCAUCGUUCCCCUAGCCACGGACACGGAAAUCCUGAACACCGCCAUACUCACGGGGAAGAUGGUAUCCCUGCCCAUCAGGGUGGUCUCCGUGGAGGAGAACAGUGCCGUGACGGAUAUCUCGGAGUCGGUGGAGUGCAAGUCCACAGACGAGAACGUCAUCAAGGUGUCUGACCGCUGCGAUUACAUCUUUGUCAAUGGCAAGGAGAUGAAGGGCAAGGUGGAUGCGGUGGUGAACUUCACCUACCAGCAUCUGAGUGCCUCCCUGCACAUCACCGUGUGGGUGCCCCGGCUGCCCCUGCAGAUUGAGGUCUCUGACACAGAGCUGAGCCAGAUCAAAGGCUGGAGGGUCCCCAUUGUGGCCAGUAAGAGGCCCACGCGGGAGAGCGAGGAUGAAGACGAGGAGGAGCGGCGGGGCCGCGGCUGUGCCCUGCAGUACCAGCACGCCACCGUGGGCGUCCUCACCCAGUUCGUGGCCGAGGGUGCCGGCCCGUGGGGCCAGCUGAGCUACAUGCUGGGCCCUGACUGGCAGGUCGACGUCACCCACCUGGUGGCAGACUUCAUGAAGCUGGAGGAACCCCACGUGGCCACCCUCCAGGACAGCAGGGUCCUGGUCGGGCAGGAGGUCGGGAUGACCACCAUCCAGGUGUUGUCCCCACUGUCCGACUCUAUCCUGGCAGAGAAGACGGUAACCGUGCUAGAUGACAAGGUGUCAGUGACGGAUUUGGCCAUCCAGCUUGUGGCCGGGCUGUCGGUCACCCUCCACCCCAGCACGGAGAAGAGCAAAGCCAUCACCGCUGUGGCCACAGCUGAGGAGCUAUUGCGGACCCCCAAACAGGAAGCUGUGCUCAGCACUUGGCUCCAGCUCAGCGACGGCUCGGUGACGCCGCUGGACAUCUACGAUACCAGGGACUUCACCCUGACCGCCACCUCCCUGGACGAGGCCGUCGUGUCCAUCCCCCAGGCCCGCUCUCCCAGGUGGCCAGUGGUGAUGGCCGAAGGGGAAGGCCAGGGGCCCCUGGUCCGAGUGGACAUGACCAUCGCGGAGGCCUGCCAAAAGUCCAAACGCAAGAGCGUCCUGGCCGUGGGCGUGGGCAGCGUCCGGGUCAAGUUUGGCCAGAACGACGCUGACUCCAGCCCCGGAGGUGGCGGCGCGGACAGCGACGAGGGCGAGAUCAAGAACCACGCCAGCGACCGCCGGCCAAAGGGCCAGGAGCCCGAGGGGCCCGUCCACGGCGGCUCCUCCGGGGAGCGCGAGGAAGGGGCCCCCCGGAGAGGCGGCACCACGGCCAGGCCGCUGCUGGACAACAGGGUGGUGAAGAGCGGCCGGCCGGACGCGGGCAGGCCGUCGGGGGAGGGCCAGCCGCAGACCAUCCCCCUGGACUUCACCAACUUCCCGGCCCAGGUGGACCUGCCCCGGGCGGGGGGCGGGCUGGGGGCCAGCGACCUGGUGCAGACGCCACGGGGCCUGAGCGACCUGGAGAUCGGCAUGUACGCGCUGCUGGGAGUCUUCUGCUUGGCCAUCCUCGUCUUCCUCGUCAACUGUACCACCUUCGCCCUCAGGUACCGGCACAAGCAGGUGCCCCCGGAAGGCCAGGCCUCGGUGACGCACGCGCACGACUGGGUGUGGCUGGGCAACGAGGCGGAGCUGCUGGAGCACACGGGCGGGGGGUCGCCGCCGCAGGACGAGCACACGACGGUCCUGGGCCGCGCGCCGGGCGGCAGCGAGGAGAGCAGCUGUCUGCUUCUCAACGGCGGCGUCCAGCAGCACGUGCAAGGGCAGGUUCACCGGCCGGACGCGGCGGCCAGGCCGGCCAGGGACCCGAGGCUCGAGCCCCUGCACUCGCCCACCUCCAAAAGGAAGAAGGUGAAGUUCUCCACCUUCACCACUGUCCCGCCGGACGACGGCUGCCCCGCCGUGAACGCCAUCCUGGGCGGCAGCGAGGACCUCAGAGACUACCUAGAGAAGCUCACAGACCAGGCGUAGGUGCCCGCGUCCGCCCGG